GCAAUUCCGGGAGGGGAGGCGCCUUUGCGGCGGUCGCCGGCGCUGCCCCUAGCAGCGCGGAACUACAAGUCCCAGGGUCUUUGCGGCCGCCGUAGUCAAGUGGCCGGUGGAAUUGGCCCAGGAUGACAGCUGGAGAAUGGAGUCAGUUUUAUCCAAAUAUGAAAACCAGAUUACUAUUUUUGCUGACUACCUAGAAGAAUUUCCAGAUACGGAUGAGCUGGUAUGGAUCUUGGGGAAACAGCAUCUCCUUAAAAUGGAAAAAUCUAAGCUGUUGUCUGAUAUAAGUGCUCGUCUGUGGUUUACAUACAGAAGGAAAUUUUCACCAAUUGGGGGAACUGGCCCUUCAUCAGAUGCCGGCUGGGGAUGCAUGCUCCGCUGUGGACAGAUGAUGCUGGCUCAAGCUCUUAUCUGCAGACACUUGGGCAGGGACUGGAACUGGGAGAAACAAAAAGAACAACCCAAAGAAUACCAACGGAUCCUACAGUGCUUCUUAGAUAGAAAGGAUUGUUGCUACUCUAUCCAUCAAAUGGCACAAAUGGGUGUAGGAGAAGGGAAAUCAAUUGGCGAAUGGUUUGGACCAAAUACAGUUGCACAGGUGUUAAAAAAACUUGCUUUAUUUGACGAAUGGAAUUCCUUGGCUGUUUAUGUUUCAAUGGAUAACACAGUGGUCAUUGAAGAUAUCAAAAAAAUGUGCUGCGUCCUUCCCUCAAGUGCUGACACAGUUGGUGAGAGCCCCCCUGGCACUCUGAAUGCUUCGAAUCAGAGUAGGGGCACCUUUGCCUGCUGCCCAGCCUGGAAACCCCUGCUGCUUAUUGUGCCCCUUCGCCUGGGCAUAAACCAAAUCAAUCCUGUCUAUGUCGAUGCGUUCAAAGAGUGUUUUAAGAUGCCCCAGUCUUUAGGGGCCUUAGGAGGAAAACCAAAUAACGCCUAUUAUUUCAUAGGAUUCUUAGGUGAUGAGCUCAUUUUCUUGGACCCUCACACAACCCAGACUUUUGUUAACACCGAGGAAAAUGGAACAGUUGAUGACCAGACUUUCCAUUGCCUGCAAUCCCCUCAGCGAAUGAACAUCUUGAACUUGGAUCCUUCCGUAGCAUUGGGAUUUUUCUGCAAAGAAGAAAAAGACUUUGAUAACUGGUGUAGCCUUGUUCAGAAGGAAAUUCUAAAGGAAAAUUUAAGGAUGUUUGAAUUAGUUCAGAAACACCCAUCGCACUGGCCUCCCUUUGUUCCUCCAGCUAAGCCAGAAGUGACAACCUCUGGGGCAGAAUUCAUCGACUCUACUGAGCAACUAGAGGAGUCUGACCUGGAGGAAGAUUUCGAAAUUCUGAGUGUAUAGAAUAAUGGAACCUCAUCUUGGUGAUCUGUCUUCCACCUGGCACCAGAAGAACACGAAGCCCUUACAAUAACACUUUUCUAGUCAGCAAGUGCCUGAUAUGCCAACAGCAUACAAACUUGAUAGUAAUCAUGACUGAGCCAAUCACCAUUUCUCAGAAAACAAACAACAGCAACCCUUCCCCAGAAUGAACUAGAACAAUCAUGGAAUGUAGGAGCAGAAAGAUUAGGAGCUGUCCCUUGCUUCCCAGCUUGUCUUACCUGGCCACCGCAAGUCUUCAGCUACUGAAACAAGAAGGUGGAGGUCAGACAGCAGCUCCCACCUUGCUUCCAGCACCAGCAGAGGAGAGAUGGUUACCCUGUACUUCUUCACCCUUUCAGGUGUGACCUCUUUGGGGCUAAAUACUAAGAAGCAAUCUAUUCUCUUUCUCUAAUAAUAAAGUGAUUGCAUCAGGGAGAGAAA